CUUUUAAUUGACGAGUGUACAAUUAAAGUAUAGUUUUGCCUUAUUCAGUCAAUCUACUCAUCACUGUCUGCAAUUAUAGUUAUGGGUAGACAUUGCUGCGUUUUGGGAUGUUCCACGGGAGUGAGCCUACCUUCCCACAUGUUUCCCAAAGACGUUAUCAUGAUGAAUAAAUGGAAAAAGGCGAUUUAUUCAGAGAAAAUACAAGAUUUAACUGAUGAACAAUUAAGAAAGUGCGUUGUAUGCUACAGACAUUUUGCCGAUAGUGAUUAUGAAGCAAUGUAUAGAUUACGAAGAUUGAAACCUGGUGUUAUACCGUCCUUAUAUCUGCCAAAUAACGGUAAUAACAAUAUUGAAGCAAAUAAUUGUGAAGACAAUGAGAUAGUUAAUGAUCAUGAUACUGAGACUCAUACUUACAGCAUUGUAAGUACAAGAGAUUCUAAGAGCAAACCAUUAGAUAUAAAUGCAAUUGGUCAACUUGAAGAAAUUGAAAUAAUAGAAAUAAAAAAAGAGACACAACCUGUAAUAGAAGUCUUAGAAAGUAUUCCAAUAAUUAGAGAAUUAUCACAGAGUAUUCCAAUAUAUAAAGAAGUAUCACAAAGUAUUCCAAUAAAUGAAGAGAUGUCACAGAGUAUUCCAAUAAAUAAAGAAGUAUUACGAAGUACUCCAAUAAAUAAAGAAGUUUUACAAAGUUCUCCAAUAAAUAAAGAUUCUUUAAAGUUAGAGCCUUCUUCACCUAAAAAUUCAACAUCCAACACAAAUUCCAGCUUGUCAGACCUGCAUAACUUACUGCAUGGAAAAUGCUUUCAUAAAUUUACGCCAAAAAUGUGGAAGUUGUACAAAUUAUCAUGUAUAUUAAGAAAGAAGCAAGAAAUUGUUAUAAAGAGGCAGUUAUCAUUUCGUGAACGUAUAAGGCAAGCUAAGCAAUGCAGCAAAAGUACUGCUAUAGAAAAGCUAUUGUCUUCAUUGACACCUAUCGAACAAGCUUUUCUCCAGAUGCAGAUAAAAACGACAAAAUAUGCCUCUGAGGAUAGACAUUUUACACUGACUGAAAAGAUUGCUGCUUUAUCUAUCAUGAAACAAUCUAGUAAAUGUUAUCAAUAUCUGACACAAGUUUUCAAUCUGCCCAGCAUAGAAACAUUACAAUCUAUACUUCAGACAAUUAAUAUUCAUCCAGGUCCAAAUAAUUUUAUAAAUAAAUAUCUAAAAAAGAAAGUAAAAUUAAUGAAAGAGAGAGAUAAAGUGUGUCUUUUAAUGUGGGACGAAAUGUUAUUGCAACCUCACGUAGAUUAUGAUGCAAAAAAGAAACAUAUUCUUGGUUUUGAAGAUUUUGGCAAUAAGCGGAGAGCAAGAUUUGCUGAUCAUGUGUUAGUUUUUAUGAUUCGUGGCGUACAAAGUGGAUGGAAGUUUCCACUGGCGUAUUAUUUUUGUGAUGGUGCAACAAAAACUGAUCAACUUAUUGAGUGGGUCAAAAAUAUUGCCAAAAUUAUAAUUGACAGUGGAUUGUAUCUAGUCGCCUUUGUAUGUAAUGAUGGGAAAAGGAAUCUCACAGCUAUAAAUAAACUAAAAUUAGAAUCGGCAAGGCUAAAAUUGAAACAAAGACAACUAUAUUAUGGUUAUGUAACAAUAAAAAAGCAAGAUAUAAUUCCAUUAUAUGAUCCACCAUGUCUUAUUAAAAGCAUACGCAAUAAUUUAUUAAAUAAUGAUCUUGAGUUUGAUGUUGAAGAAGGAGAAGAACGAAAAUUUGCAUCAUGGGAAAUCAUUGAACAAGCACAUCAUAUGGACUUGACUCAUAGUAUGUAUCGAUUAAUGCCGAAAAUUACAGCAGAGCAUGUAAUAAGAAGUAAAAUAAAGAAAAAAAAAAUUAAAAAUGCUGCUCAGGUUUUGAGUAUGACGAUGGGCGGAUUCAUACAUCACCAUACCAAACUAGAAGGGCAUGUGAAUACAGUGUAUGGACCAUUAAAAAUGCCAGAAAAGAAAGGACGGGAUACAGCAGAAAUAAUACUUUUCUUUGAUCGAUUGUUUGAUUCUGUUAAUGGACAUACGUUAAAGCCGGAGAAACCGUUAAGAGUUGCCAUUUCGCAUAACAGUCCACAUUUUUCAUUUUGGGAGAGGGCAGUAAAGAGACUACAAAGAAUGCGAUUUGUCGAUCGAAAGGAUAAGAAUCAAAUAAGAGAUUCGAAUGUUCUGAAAAAUUGGAUUUCUACUAUAGGAGGAUUACGCAAAUUGUGGAUAAUUUUGAAAGCAUACGAAUUCAAAUGCUUGAAGCCUCGAAUUUUAAAUUUGGAUUCCCUUCAACAUUUUUUCGCGCAAAUUAGAUCCUUCGGCAUAAGGAAUACCAAUCCCACGUGUGCGGAAUUCGAGAGUGCUUUUAAAACGUUGCUAAUCAACAAUUUAACAUCACCUCGUACUGUGGAGAAUAACAGUGAGAAUAAAAUAGACGGAUCGUUGUUGUUUACGUUAAAAGAGUUUCUUAAUCGUAAGAUAGAAAGUAGAUAUAAUGACGACUUAAUGUUAGAUUUGGAAAGGCCUUUAGAUGCAACACAUGAUUAUCUUAACAUUUGCAAUUCUAUUGCGGCAAAAAUCCUAAAUAAUUCACGAAUCAAAGGAUGCGACACAUGUAAGAAUCUCCUGACAGAUGUUACAAAAUCUGAAUUAGUUAGUAGUAACGAUUUGAUAGAAACAUUUAAGAGUACUGAAGAUUUAUUAACGUCAAAAAUGAGCGGCGUCUGUUAUGUGCAUCAUGCGGCAUUAAUGUUAGAAACCGAAUUGUAUGUACAAAUGGAUUUACGUUGGUUAAAUUGUCCACAGCAUGAUGUUCAGCUUAAAAAAUUCUUAGUAUCAUAUAUAGUUGCAUUUUAUAUUUGCAAAUGGUGUAAUAGUAUAAACGAUAUACUAACAGAGAAAGAACAUGACGAUUUGAAAUAG